AUGUUAUCUCCAAUUCCAUUCCCAUCUUUGUUGUUCCAAGACGUGUUCCAACAAAAAGUGGAACUAAAACACCUGCUACGAAAAGGGAUAAGCCUUGAUGACACUGAUGAUAAAAGUAAUCACGUGUCAUUCUCUAAAACUCUAGUUGUUGACCCUAAUCAUAUUGUCGAAACCACUCAACAAAACUCUCAUGAUGAAUCAGUUGGUGGUGAGAAAGAAGAUUCUGAUGAUGAAAGUAUGUCUGUUGAGGAUGAUCUAGAUUAUGAUGAUGAGCCUAUAGGAAAGAAAUUGACUCCUGGUAUUGCUAAAAUAUUAAAGAAUAGGAAAGGGAAUAUUGUUGUGUUUGCAAGGAAGCCUUCUAAGGCAUCCAAGAAAAGUGUUGGUGUUGGACCUGCAAAAGGGUGGAGCAAAGUUGUGACUCCUGCUACCAGAAAAGGUCCUUCAAAAGGAAGGAAGUGCCCUCAAGGAGUUACUGGGAAAAAUAUUCCUGUAAAUGUGCUUGAAGUUCCCAUUGACAAUAUUUCUUUUCACUCUGUGGAAAAUGUUGAAAAACGGAAAUAUGUGUACCAAAGAAGACUAGAUUUGGAAAGAAAGCUUGGCAAGGAUUCUCUUGAAUGCAAGGAAGUGAUGGAUCUUAUUGAGGAUGCUAGCUUGAUGAAGAGUGUUGUUGGUUUUGGUAAUUAUUUUAAGAAGUUAGUGAAGAAAUUCAUUGUGAAUAUUUCUAAGGACUAUGACAGUAAGAUGAGCAAUUACUACAUGAAGGUUUAUGUCAGAGGUAAGUGUGUGGAGUUUUCUCCUGAGGUUAUCAACAGGUUUAUGGGUAGGAGUGAGGAGGAGCAAGCUAAGGUGAAAGUGACAAAUAAUGUUGUCUGCAGGGAGAUCACUGCAAAACAGAAAAUCAAACUUGAGAGCCUCAUCAAAGCCUUUUCUGAGGAGGGUGUUGAUGAAAACUUGGAUGGUGAUGAGGAAGAGGGAAAUGAAGAUGAAGGAAAUGAUACUGAUGGUGACAAAGAUGAGGAAAUAAAUGGCAGUUCUGACAUUUGA